AUGACCGAGACCGCAUCCGCCAAGCCAGAGUUCCUCGCCCAGCCCCCGGGGCCGUGCUGCUGGGCCGGCACCCUGCACGAGGGUAGCCCCCGCGGCGGCGUCGAGGAUAUCCUCGGCGCACCGACUUACGUAGUCCGUCCCUCGGACGUGAAGAAUGCGCCGGCGGCCAACGGCCAUGUCGUGCUUUAUUUCCCCGACGUCUGGGGCCUCUCGGUCAACGCGCAGUGCCUCCUCGACGGCUUCGCCGCCGCCGGCUACACGGCGCUCGGCAUGGACUACUUCCGCGGCGACCCCAUCUCCCUGUACCGCGCCACCAAGGACGACCCGCUGCCGCCGGGUUUCGACUUCGCCGCCUGGCGUGCCAAGCACUCCGCCUUCGCCGCCGAGACCGUGCCGCGCUGGACCGCGGCCGUCCGCGCGCGCUUCGGCGCCGAGUUGCACGCCGCGACGGGGACCGAGACCCGCUUCGCCUGCGUUGGGUACUGCUUUGGCGCGCCGUACGUGUGCGAUCUACUUGCCGGGGUCGGCGGCGACGGCGAGCCGGCGGUGUCGGCCGGGGCGUUCGCGCACCCGACCGCGCUGAAGGAGGAGCAUUUCGCGGGGGUGAAAAGACCCCUGCUGCUCUCCUGUGCCGAGAACGAUCACGCGUUUCCCACUGAGUCGCGGAGGAAGGCGAUCGAUGUCCUCCAGAAGGAGGGCAAGGUUUACCACCUGCAGCUCUUCCAAGGCGUAGGCCACGGCUUCGCGGUGAAGGGCGACCCGUCGGAUCCGUACCAACGCUGGUGCAAGGAGCAAAGCCUCAAGGCCACAAUCGACUGGUUCGACAUGUGGCUAAUUCGCAGCUCCUGA